AUGUCAGAAGGGAAGAGGAAUGACGACCAUGGGAGCAUCGAGAGCAGUGUCAAGUCAGUGCUGCCGAGGAAUCCAGACGAACGGGAAGGAACGGCCAGGCUCGUUGCUCCCCCGGAGGAAAACGUGGAAGUCAUUAAAGUCGCCGUAUUACAGGUUUACCUAGAGAACAGACCCGAGACGGCGGACAGCGUCAGGAUGUUGACAGACGAGGUGUCACAGAUACAAGAGGUGAGGUAUUGUCUGAAAACUUUGAGGGAGCAGAUGGCAGCAAGACAAAAUAAUAACAUCAAGAAGUAUCCCGCCAAUGGCUACACAGUCAGCAACAUAACACCCAUCACUAACGGCAACAACAAUUGCAACUACGCUGACCAAAACGAGGGCGUCGAUAAUCACGUACAGAACUUGAGAGAGGAAACCAAGCGUCUCUACGCCCAGAUAAAGGCCAUGGAGAGUCGGCACCGGGAAGAGAGAGAGCAGCUGCAGAUGGAGUCUGAGGAGCAGCAGGCGCGUCUGGCAGCGCAGUCAGAGCGUCUCCAGCAAGCGGAGAUGGAGUCCGCAGAGCGAGGCCGGCGUGUAGAGGAGUUGCAAAGGUUGCUGGGAAACAUGGAGGCCGAGAGCGGGCUCCUGCAGGACAAAAUGGCCGCCGGACAGGCAGAGCUACUGCAGCUUCGGGCCGACAACGGGGAAGGGAAGGAGAAAGAAGACAGGUGUAGCCAGUUGGAGACUGAAGUUGCUCUACUGAAGGAGAAGAUCCACCACCUGGACGACAUGCUCAAGAGUCAGCAGAGGAAAGUGCGCCACAUGAUUGAGCAGCUGCAGAAUUCCCGCACAGUCUUGCAGGAGCGAGAUCGAGUCAUCGGGGAUUUGGAGGAGAAAGUGGCCUUCCUGGAAGCUGAGAACCGAGAGUUGCACGACCACAUGGAGCACUUCCUGUCAGGCCAGGACCCACCCCCCCUAAAAAGUGCAGAGAACAAGCCGGUUGUCAUCUACAGCAAACCAUUGAUGCCAUCCACACACAGCAACAAGUCCCUCCCUUUCAUCAAAGUCAUCGAGAUCAAGUCAUAA